AUGGGUAAUGUGGGCACUGGCUUCCAUCUCAUCAGUGAGAAUGGAAGUGGCAACAUUGGAUCUAUCUAUGUUGUGGAUACCAGGUUCACUAACAUCGCCACUGCUAUACCCACGAAGCCGGCCUCGAAGGACCCCGGGACUGGCACAACCGGCAUCACUCUUGACAACGUGGCCUUCAGUAAUGUUCAGCACUACGUAUUUGCCACAAAAGGCAAAGAGUACGUCGAGGGAGCCCCCUCAUCAGUGGACACAUGGACAUUGGGAGCAGUGUAUUUCAGGGGCACAAUAAGAGAUGUCUCCCUUGGUUACUCCUUCAACACUCCACGCAAGAGUCCGCUUAUUGGCGCCAGUAAUGGUCUUCCAAAGAGUCUGUUCUUCGAGAGGGUGAGGCCGGAGUAUGAAGAUCUGGAUGCUUCGGCUUUAUUCACGUCAAGGAUCACGGCUGCAAAGGUAACGUCACGGCUCUAUGGUUCAUUGACUGCGUGCUAA